CUUAUCAGUACCCAUCUCGAUUCCAAUCUCACCCAAUAUCUUCUGCUUCUUUGCUUUCUAUGUGUAUCCCUGCUUUUCCGAUAUCGCCCCAGACUUAAACGCGACUACGAACCGAGGUCGCGCCCAGCAACGGCGAAGGUUCAGGCUCCACGUCAGGGAGCCUCGAUCAAUUUAAGCGUCAAACACUCCGAUAUUAUCUCCUCACAUUGGUAGAGGCCGACCCUCAAUCCCUAGUUCGACUUGGCCUAAAUUGAAAAUUUGUGAUAAGGCAUUGAUUAGGCUGCAAAGUGUAGUGGGCGGUGCAGCAUAGCCUCCGCGCGGCUGAUUACUUCCUCAUCAGUGCAAGAAUAUCCCUUUCCUUCAACGCUCUCUCAGUCCGAAGACUGUCUUCCGCAAUAACAUAGUUUCUAUUCUCCAGCAGCAUUUACCGUGCUCAGAUAGCCCAAAUCAAUGGAGGCUGUUGGAUCUGCAUCAGCAAUCAUUGGGAUUGCAACAACCGGGAUUCAAUGCUCCAUCAAGCUACUUACGUUUGCGGACCAAAUCAAGUCCGCCCCGGAUGAGAUCAAAAAUAUUGCCGAGGAUAUCUCAGUCAAUGCCAGUAUCCUGCAGCAGUUGGGUGGUCUAGCUGACGAGGCGCUAUUUCACACCCAAGCAGCACCAGAUGCCAGCACCAACAACAGCAUCAGCAAUGGAAAGGCACGGAUGGUCAACCCUGAGGCCACUGAUUACAGCGAUACAGAAAGCCAUGAGCCACAGAACGGAAUAUUUAACGCAGCCGGCAUUGCGAUCGUCGUGAAUCUCGCUUCAAAAUGUAACGCUAUCUUCAAAAGGCUCGAAGAAGGACUGAGGAAGGCAAGUAAGCAGCUGAGGACAAAUCCUCAAAGCAAAGAUCCCAUCAGACUUAGUCCAGCUGAAAUGGUGAAAUGGCCAUUCGUCAAGCCCCAAAUGGAUGCCAUGAGGGCAGAACUACGCAAUGCAAAGGGGACUUUGAUGCUCAUGCUUCAAGUUGCGAUGCUACGCUACUCGAAGAAGGUUAUGGAGGGACAUGCCACGAGAACAAGUCUAAUCGCAUAUUCCGAAGAAGAUCAGUAUCUGCUGAAAAGAUCGAUCGUGGCUGCGGAGAGAGCUCGAAUUGAUAUCGCGAAAAACCGAGACGAUACUUUGGCUGGAAAUCAAACUGCUAGUGUGACGGAGAGGGACACCGUCGAUGAGAACUUACAACCUGCGGAGAUGACUACUACCGCGGCAAUUUCCCUUCAAUUGCGACGACCUCCCAGUCUGGAAAAUGACGCUAGUCGGGGAAUUCCACAAAUCUCGUCCAUUGAAGGCAAGAAUUUGGACUGCCAGCCUCAUAAAGAUAUUGCUUUCUGCUCUGCAUAUACCAAGCCAAGUGAUGCAGACAAAGCACUAGCUGCAGAUGGCGAUAUCAGUAAUCCAAGCAGAACGGAUCCGGUCAACGAGGGAUCUGGGUAUGACCUUGACUCUCUCUACUAUUCUUCUGAAUACAUCGACAGAUCAUCCAGCGUAUCUAUCAGCUUAGCCACGAAUGUGUCACUCGGUGUAUACUUAUUAACACCGAAGCUUCAGAUAUCGCAUGGGAAGCACCACGUGCAGUACCGAGUCCGGCGUGUGAAGGUCCCACGCCAGGAUAUUGACUCCCAGAUAGAUCAGUGGAAGACAUCAUCUAAUAGUACAGUACUCAACCAGCUUCUUGCUCUAUCGGCCGAUGAACAACAGGCACUAGAUGCACUCAAUCUUGAUGGUGACCAUGACAACAUCGCGGGCACCGACGCAAUCGAAUGGAUACAUGUCGGCGAGUUCUUACCUGUUGAUGGAUUCGAUGAUAUCCGAGCAAGAAGUAUCACGUUCAUCGUGAAACUCAAACACCCAUCCACAACAGUUAAACGAAGAGACCCGAAGUUAGAGGUCUUGAAAGAUCAGCAGAAUAUUGCAAUCGACUUCAGUGUAAAUCGCCACAGUAUUUUCCCUGAGAGUCUUAACGCAUUUGGUUUACCAUGGAAGUGGAAUGUGAGUGAUUACAACUAUAUGCUUGUCAAUAAAGCUAUGUUCAAUCAUUUUGAAGGGGAAUUAUUAGCACACACAGGUCUAUAACGCAGCUUGGCAGCAAUCCAACGGAGCCGGAGAUUGACGACCGAAAAAGAUACAGUUGUAGCGGGCUUUUGCUUCAGAUCAAAGGUUUGCUGAAAGCUAUCAGGCCCAGACCCAGACUCAAAUCCAACGGUUUUAGAAUUUCGCCUGGUUACGUGCCGGG